CUACUCAUCAAACAUGAAACUCUUUCAGCAAAUAUAGUACCCUCCUCUGUUGCCAUCUGUUCUUAAUUUUGAAGUCUCAUGAACCUGCUUCUUUCGUUGGUGUCCUUCUUAAAUAUAUUUUUAGUAAAUCCCAGACACACCCCUUUUAAAUUGUGAUUUUCACACCCCCUUUUUUCACCGAUCGUCUUUGUUUACCCGUUAUAAAAAGUUAUAGUGAUCUGAUUGUGUUAUUGAUAUUUCAUACAGAAAACAAUAAACUUUUUUGUGUGAUUUUAAUUGAUUUCCAUUUGGGUUUAUUCAAUUAUGAUUGUCUUUUAGGUGGUAUGAUUUUUUUUCUUCAGUGUUGUUCAUUGUUUCUGUGAUCCCCGGAAGAACUUAGUGAUCGAAAAUGGCUUCAAGGGUGUCUCCCAAUCUCAAAUGUUGGCAGUUCAGAACCCCUUAUUAUUGUGAUUCAUGGAAGACACCUCGUGCAGUUCCUUCUUCUAUACUGAGGCAUGUGACUGAGAGGAACAAUGUUAUGCCACCAUGUGGGUUGGUCCAUAGGUCAAGGAAUUUGAGGGUGCAAAGAGGAAAACGUGUUUACUCAUCACUUUUUGAUGACUUUCACCAAGAGGAAAGGAUGAAUCUGGUUCAGGAUGGUUGUUGGGAUGAAAAUGGCCAUGAAAUAGCUUGUGCUGUCUCUGAUAAUACCCCAAACAAAGAACUCAAAAAUGACUUCUCAGGCGGAGGUUGUUCCUCUGAGGAAUUUGGGACAAUGAAGCCUGAAGUUUUGGAGCCUUCUCUUUUGGGAGUCCAGCCUGAGCCACCAAGCUGGCCAGAGAGAGAUGAGAUCUUGAGACGUACCUUUGAGAGGAAAGUGAACAGUGUAGGAAUUUCUUUGUCCAUUAGGAUGAUCAAGAAGAAGCUACAAUUGGAAGAGGGUUCCAAAGAGGCUGGUGAGUUGACCGAAUUAACCAACUGUUCUGUGAAGAAGACCUUCUCCUCUAUGAUGUUAAUCAUGCAUGAGCUGCAAAGUCAUGCCUUGCAAACAAGGGAGAGCCUGUGUGGUGAAAACUUGCAAGGUGUCAUGACCAAGCUAGAGAGAGAGAUGGAUGCUUCAUUUGUUUGGCUCUUCCAGCAGGUUUUCUGGAAGACCCCAGCUCUCAUGGUCUAUGUGAUGGUCCUCUUAGCUAACUUUUUAGUGUUCUCUAUGAAUGAUAACACUGUCAAGGUAAUCACUCCUUCUUCCAUGAUCACAAAGGCUCUAACCUUGACCAGCAAUGAGAGUAAAGUACAGCAUUCACAUGUUGAUGUUGAUCAAGGUGAGUAUGUGAAUAGGGAGUUGACAGAAGAGGAGCACAUGUUGUGGAACUCCUUUCUAGAGGAGGCUUCAAUGUUGCAAAAGGAAUUGAGUGGUGAGGUUUUGGACCAUGAGACAAGGCAAAGGUUAGUGGCCCCAGUGUCUGUGGAGCUUGAAGGGGAUCAGUACGAGGAAUAUGUCAAAACUGAGCUUUAUUACAAAAAGCAUUUGUUCCGGACACCUCAUUGUUCCCUUCUGCUGUCUAACUAUGCACAGUUUCUCUUCCUUGUCCUUCAUGAUAUUGAUGGGGCAGAAGAGUACUACAAGAAAUCAGUGCUAGCAGAAUCAUCGGAAGCUGAGGCAUUCAGUCGCUACGCUGACUUCUUGUUGAUGGUAAGAAAGGAUGUUUGGGCAGCAGAACUGAGAUAUCUGCAAACAUUGGAAGCAGAUCCUGGGAACGCCUAUUAUUUAUCAAAGUACGCCAGUUUCCUUUGGAACACCGGUGGACAAGAUACUAAUAGCUUUCCUAUGAUGGUCAUAUGAUUCAUCAUGGCUAAGUGAUGGUACUUUUUGGUACAAUGUUCCGACCAACUGUUACAUCCCACUUGCAUUUAAGUUGUAUCCCUUGAUUUAUGGUUUUUCCUGGAUAGUUGUUACUACAGUUUUUCUUUUUUCCAUUGUAGUAAGUAAUUCGUGGAACAACUAUCUUUAUUCAUAUUUAAAUAUGAAGAUGUGUUUAGCCUGAGUGAUGUUUAGCUCAAAGUUCAUUUCAUGAAGGAAGGAGGCAUGAGUACCAACUCUAACUUUGAGACCUGAA